CUGCAAUGCGUUUUCUAGCAAUUAACAAAAUAAGCUUACAAAUUGCAAGGCUCAACUGUUUAUAUGUAUCCGUGUUAUAUUAUGUUGCUAUUUGUCAUUUAAUUUAUGUUUUAAUUUUUAAUCAUACUUAACAUGACCCAAUUAAUCUCAUUUAAUUAUAAUCAUCACACCUCAUCAAAAGCUUCCUUACAAGAACAUAGUCAGCGAUUUUGGUAUGGCUUAGAACCAGACUACGUCAAGAUCGCUAAUAAAUCGUGCUGGUAAUCGCCUUGCAGCGAAACCAAAAACAAAAAAGAAGAAGAAGAAGAAGUAAAUAUUUGUCAAAAUAUUUGACGUAUUUAAUAGAUCGCAAAUGGCUCAAAGUCAACCUCAACUACAAAGUAAAGUUAAUGAGAAUUCCACACCAAAUAUUCUGACCGAAACAACAUUAGACCAUGGUGACAUAGAAGUUGAAAUUGACGCGGAAAUAGCAGCAGAGAUAAUGGAAGACUGGGAUCAAAGUAAAGUAAUGUUUGAAGAGUACAGAAAGUCUCAGAAUCCUUUAUGUAUUACUAAAACAAAUCCUGCUCUUGUAGAACUGGAAAUAUUGAUAUUUCCUCUACUUAGAGAUUUUCUCUAUAAACUAUUACAUCGAACAAUACAAGAGGACUGCUGUUAUAAACCACGGAGUAGUUUUAACGGAAUAGACUAUCUAAGUGAAAGUUUCUAUAAUGCAAAUUCAAAAUACCCCCACAGAAAGAAUCCAUGCCUGCAUAUUUUUGAAAUGGAUUGGGUAAAUCUUGAAUUGAAAAAACGUCCUAGACCUUUUUAUCCUCUAUCUUAUUUAAUGACACGUGAAACUGCAGUACGAUAUAUACAGGCUUAUUUACGAGGAUUUUGGGUUAGAAAAAGACCAGAGCUUAAUGAAAUACGUACGUUCUGGAAGACAAUACAUUUUAAAAGAGGUAUUUCAGUACCAGUUUAUAACGAAACUUUGCUGGAUAAAAAGCAUGAUGAGACACCUAGAAAUAAAGUAAAUAACAAGAAACGUGCAUCAAAAGGAAACAUUAACAUUAAAAACACCCCCACUGUGUAGUACCAUAUGAAGAUAUUGGUACUCUAAUAUGUUAGGUUUUAUAUUUUAUUAUUGGUAUAUUGUUAUUAAUUUUUGUACAUAUUCGUUUUAAAAAAAUUUCUUUCA